AUGCUCCCCGCCACUAUCGAGACCGCCGUCGCGCCCGAGACCAUCACCAAGGUCACGCGCCUGUUCAACGGGUCGGCCCACGACAUCUUGAACGAGUUGCUCCAGAACGCGCGCCGAGCCGACGCCGGUGCCGUCUAUGUGACGCUGAUCGGGCAACCCGGCGAUCGGCUCCUGACCGUCACCGAUGACGGACACGGCAUCGCCGACCCGACCACCAUCGUCACGCUCGGCCGCUCCGGCUGGUCGGACGACACGCGCGAACGCGAGGAUCCCGCCGGCAUGGGCGUGUUCAGCCUCGCCGGGCGUGACGUGAUCGUGCGGUCCUGGUCGCGCCCCGAGCAUCAGGGCUGGUGCGCGCACAUCCCGGCUGGCGCCUGGGCCACAAGCCGCCCGAUCGCGAUCGAGGCCGAUCCCAUCGAUCGCGGCACGGCGAUCUCGAUGACCAUGCCCGAGGCGUGGAUGCCGACGCUGCGUGCCACCCUUGAGAAGGUCGCACUCUUCUACCCGCUGCCGGUCUACCUCGACGGCGAGGAACUGCCGCGGCGGUCUUGGCUCGCCGGCGCCGUCCAUGUCGAGGACUGGCAGGGUUGCCGCAUCGGCGUCUUCGACAGCCAUGCCGCCGAUUGGCCGCUGGCGAAGGAGGUCCGCAUCAACUUCCACGGCGUGACGGUCGCGACCACCAUGCCGACGGUCGGCGAGGUCGACCGAGGCCAGUACUCUGCGUUGAUACCACUGCUUGCUCCCAAGAUUCAGCUCGUGCUGCCGGCCCGCAAGGAGCCGGUCGAGAACGACGCGCUGGCCGCCCUGCGGACGGUGGCCAAGGCCGCAAUCUUCCGCGCGAUUGCCAGGGCCGGAGGUCACCGCCUCAGCUACAAGGAGUGGGGCGAAGCGCAGGCGCUCGGCAUCGAGCUCGCCGAGGCGGAGCCCUACCUCAAUCGCUGGACCGCGCCCUGCGCGGACUAUCGCAACAGCUGGCAGGGCCAGGACCAUGUUCGGGGCGAUGCCAUGAUUCUUGUGCCCGACCAGGCGGCGAUCGUCGCCCAGCCGAUGCAGCGGGCGCUCGCCGGCGCACCGGCCUUCGCCGCUGCCCCGCUAGUCGAGGCCGAGCCGCGCUUCGCCGGUUACACCUGGUCUCGCAGCUGGCCCCUUCCUGCCGACAUCGCCUUCGCGCCCGACCCGUCCUAUUGCGACGACGUCGACGAGGUCGGCAUCUUCAUCCGCCGGGGCAGCAACACGACCUCGGCCGACCUUUCGAGCCUGCUCGAGCACGCGGUGUUCAAUCCGAGCAGCGACAGUGGCGACGACAGCUACGAGACCCAGCUCGCCCGCUUCCGGGCCACGGCCCGGGAACGAUCGGUCCGGCUGAUCGAGGGCGGCGACGCGGCGAUCGAGGCGCAGCUUCGCAUGCUCCUGCAGAACCACGUCUGGAUCGUCCCCGACGAUCGCACGGUCGCCGUCACCCUCACGCGCGAGAAAGUCGCGAUCGUCGUGACGCCGCGCGCCUCCGAGCCCGCCUGA